AUGAAAUGUAAUCUUCUGGAUUGUUCUGAUCAAGAGUAUUUUGCUUUCUUAUUUCGAAAACCUACUAAAGAUUGGUUUGAGUCAUGUUGUUGCAAACAUCAAUGUUUCUUGGUAGAUGCUUGCCUUCCGGCGGUAUUACAUAUUUCUCAAAGAUAUGCUAGUAAUACAAGUGUGAUGUCGGAUGUUUCGAAAAUACUGGCGAGGCUGAUGAUUGUACUAAGGCGAGUGCUUGAAAAGGGAUUGGCAUUGAGAGUAUAUCAGGAAGAUAUGGUGUUCGAAUUUGUCUACAGAUUUUGGGAUUAUGUAUCAGAAGCUGUAUGCCACGACUGUGUCACUAUCUUUGAGUCCCUCAUACAAUUACAUCAAGUAAAAAAUGCAUCAGCGAGCUUUCAGUCGCAGUGGGCUAAAAAUAUUGAGAAAUUUUUGCUUGAUUCAUCCUCGUGCUGCCGCAGUCGAUAUAGAUGCAUUUUAGCAUACCACAAGAUAAUGAUUUCUUCCUUUCGUGGCUUUACAAAUAGCUUUUGUGAAAAAUUAUAUGCAUUACUAUCUAAUCCAGCUUUAGUUACUGUGGUAUGUGAACUCAUCACUUUUGAUCUUGUCAAAAAUUUCGAUAAUAUCGAACGUCGUCGAUUUCAUCAGCAGUUGAUCCGUUCGGCACUUCAGUCACCAAUAAGGACAAUUCGCAGUACUAUUCAAGAACGAUUAUUAUAUACUUUCUCAAGAAACAUUCUUCUUUCAGACUGGGUAGUCAGAGAGUUGAAGCAGUUCCUAGAAGAAUGCACGAAAGAUACUGUUGGCCUUGAAGUAUCUCUUUAUAUUGGUAAAUUCUGUGUUUCACAUCAAAAAAGUAAUGGAAAUGUUUUGGAUUGGACGUCUUUUAUAAACGAAAAUGUGAUGGUUUUAGGUUUGCUGAAUGCUAAUUCAGAGGUACGUCUGAUGGCUUGGAAUUUGAUUUGCUAUCACCCCAAGCCGACAGCGUCAAUUUCUAGUCGUCAUUUAUCAUUAUGUAAAAUAUUUCUGGCUACAAAUAUGGCAGAACAAUCACCUGCAGUCAGACUGACAAUAUUAUAUGGUUUAAAAAAACUCCUAAUUCGAAUACGGGAAAGUGGCCAGAUAUUAUUGAAAAAUAACAGUGAUAGUGAGUUGGAUGCUCAUGUUGAUUUCAUUUGCACGUUGCUUGAUUUGUGUUUCAAAAACCUUGGAAAGUAUGCUAAUUUUAGCAGGCGUAUGAUGGCUCUCAAAAUCCUUGAAUAUGUUUUUUUGGGAAAUCAUUUAGCGAACGAGUACAAAGAUUUAUUUUGGAGAUUCGUCUCUGCAAAACUUAAGCCAUCAAAUGAAAAUAUAUAUUGCGUUGUACGUUGCUUGGAUGAUUCGUACGAGCUUUGUCAAAUAUCAGCUUUGCGUUUGCUUCUUUCACCAUUUUUCAAAAUUCGUAAUUUCGAUUUUGAUUCUUACUGGAUAGAUACCAAGGAGAAGAUGCUCUCCAUUCGAUCGCUUUUUACUCUCACAUCAGGUUAUCGCCUUCAGUUCUAUCUUCGGAGUAACAAUUCUAAAGUAAGGGAAAUUUUAGAAUACCUGCUUGAAAUGUGCAAGAAUCGAGUGGAGCUUAUCUCACAAAAUCUAAAAAUCAUAGCUUCUAAGCAGGGAUUUGUUUAUUCUAUUCUCAAUUCACUCAGUGUGAUAUUGGAACUCAUGGAUUUUCACUCUUCUGCAUCUGGAAACGAUUGGUGUGUUCAGUUAAUUGAUGACAUUUUAUUGCCGAUGUGUUUCACGAUAAGUAAAUUAGUUGCUCCGGUUGUAAAUACAAACAUGAAAAACUUCGAAGAUUUAAAAGAAAGUACGGAUUUUUGUCAGAUUCUACUGGUGAGUUGCUGGCGUUCACAUAGAUACGUUUCUUCAAUACUGAACAUAAUAAUAACUAAGUUACUGGGAAAUGUUAUGCUUUCUGCGAAUACAGUCCAUCGUAUAAGCGAUUAUUACUGGCAACAAUUAACGGAAUGCAAACAUUGUGGUGCAGUCGAAACAGCAGUACAAGGAUUUGAAACGCUUUGUAUGAAGCUUUGGUCGUUUCGAUUUAUGGGCGAUAUCAAAUUCAAGGAUUUUCCUAAGCCUGAAGCUUGGUCAGAAAAAAUCAUCAGUUUACUAAACAAGGAGAAAAACAUAUUUUGUUCAAUGCGUCGAAGUGCUGGUUUACCCUACUUAGUAGUUUCAAUUCUAUCAAUGGAGCCGAAAGCCAGCAAUGCUAAUUGCUUCAAGAAAACGAUGUUAUCUUUGCUGGAAGCUAAUGGGAAAUCCUAUAAAACACUAUUCCAUUGUAUGAAUAUUAUGAGGGCUAUUUUUUCGGAUAGUCGUCUAUCGGAACAAGUUUUAUGUUUCAUGGAACCAACUCUGAACGUUUGUUUCACUUCUCUUGGUUCUCGUUCUUGGGCAGUAAGAAGUGCUGCGUCACAGUUAUUUGCUGCCAUGAUAACUCGAAUUUUUGGUGUUCCUCGCAUUGUACAACACUCACUUCAUCCUCAUCAAAAAAACUGUCUAUCUUCAUUCGAGUUUUUUACCAGAUUUCCUUCCUUUUAUGAUUCGCUAUAUCAGCAGUUUUAUGAAUACAAAAAUUCUGCCUCAAAAUUGAGGAUGUCCGCUGUCUUCAUUCUUCUCACUCAUAUUUUCCCCUCUCCUCGACACGGGAGCAGUUAUUCGCUCAGUAUAUAUAUUUUGCCGUUGUUAGAAUUUUUACGUUCUUGUUAUUCAAUGAAACUACGAGAAUUAGCUGCAGCUGCUCUUGCCGCUGUUUGUGAAAUUCAAGAUGUACACUUUCUACUACAAUGGAUCUCCGAUACUGAUUACACCUCUUUAAGUCAGAAUGCACUUUGUACAGUCUUACUGAUGGUACUUCAUUUGCAUUUUCUAAGAAAAGAAGUUCCUACUGAACUCUUGAACCUCUUAAUGAAAAAUAAGAGCUUACGUCUUGAAUUUUGGCGAAGAAUUUCGAAGUCAGAUGCAAAAAAAAUCGGUGAAAAAGUGAUGCAGCUAGCUAUCAGAGACUUUCAGAAUGCAGGACCAUACAUGGAGCAUUGCUUCUUCCUUUUUGGUGGGCAAUACAGUCGAAAUUUGGCGAACCUAGUUUUUACAAAAUUUUGUUAUGAAAAAUUGGAUUUCGAUUGGCUGUAUAACUGUGCUAUGAACGAAGAUAAAGAAGUUCAGAGGAUUGCUGUUUCAGCUACAGAACUUAUUUUGAAAAAGGGAAAUCUUAAUACGAAGUUGAGAAAAUUGAUCGUUUUAUUACUGAAAAAUGAAAAUGAAGCAGUUAGAGAAAAAGUGGCGAACUUGUGCUCUUAUAUGGUCAGCCCAAAAGCUGCCUCUCUAAAUCCCGAAAUUUUAUUCUGGUGGUUCAUAAAGCAUUAUCCUGAAGUUGGAGACAUUUUUAAAAAUUUUAUUUCUUUCGAUACUGAUAAGGAUUGCAGUCUUUUUGAUGCAUGCACGUCGAAUCCAUAUGCUGAAGCUGUUCCAAUUGGUGUUGAAUAUUUGGGUGAUGUAUUGCGUCUAAUACUGUAA